GAUUUGAUGCGAACUAUUCAUUCUAUGCUGCCUCUGGAAAGAAUUAUUUGGGCCAACCAAGAGACGCCUACUGGGAAAGCCUUCUGUUGGGAAGCUACAAGUCAAUGUGCCUACAACUUUGCGACUUCAGAUCGCCUCAUUGCUUUGCUGAAGCACAUGAAGGCCGAGUGGUUCUAUCCCGGAGAAAAAGAAGAAGAGGGGCGCAUUCACUAUGGGAUUCGCCCAGAUUAUCUCAACGAUGUGAUCGAAGGCGUUUUCUGUUGGAUGCUUCCAAGAGCCGGGCCUUCUGUGCAGAAUGUGGAGCAUUGGCAAAAACACCUCUUAUUCCAUGACUUCAAAAUGACUGCACAGGAGAUCAAGCAACUGGUUCGAGCAGCUGUGAUCGUGACUUUGUUUCGAUGGCAAUGGAUCACUUGUUGGAUUGAAGUGAACAAAUCUGUCCGAGAUGAUGCGCAGGAUGCGCUGUAG